AACAUUCAGCCUGGUCCAGAAAAAUCGAUCCCGUUGCAGGGAUAACCAGCAAACUGGUGUUGGUGAAGCUCACACAGUGAAAACGCUAACAAGAUGGAUUUCAAUGUCAAGAAACUGGCGUCGGAUGCAGGUGUCUUCUUCACUCGUGCUGUUCAGUACACAGAGGAGAAACUUGGCCAGGCAGAAAAGACUGAACUAGACGCCCACUUGGAGAACCUGAUUGCUCGAGCAGAUUGCACCAAAAACUGGACUGAGAAGAUCUUCCGACAGACUGAGGUGCUGCUUCAGCCCAACCCAAGUGCACGUAUUGAAGGGUUCUUCUAUGAGAAAUUGGACAAAAAGAUUCCAUCCAGAGCCACCAAUGCAGAACUGCUGGGACAGUAUAUGCAGGAUGCUGCGAAGGACUUUGGACCAGGAACUCCAUAUGGCAGUUCUUUGAUCACUGUGGGAGAGUUUCAGAGGAGAUUGGGAGGAGCAGAGAGGGAAUUCCUACAAACAUCUGCCAUCAACUUCCUCACACCUCUGAGGAAUUUUCUAGAAGGCGACUGGAAAACCAUUUCAAAAGAAAGAAAGCUUCUUGAGAAUCGGCGCCUCGACCUGGAUGUUUGCAAAGCCCGGCUCAAGAAGGCAAAGUUAGCAGAGACCAAGGCUGCUGCUGCGCCUGACUUUCAGGAGACUAGGCCGCGCAAUUAUGUUCUGUCCGCCAGUGCAUCUGCGCUCUGGAGUGAGGAAGUGGAUAAAGCAGAGCACGAGUUGCGUGUUGCACAGACUGAGUUUGACAGGCAGGCCGAGGUGACACGUCUCCUACUGGAGGGCAUCAGCAGCACACAUGUGAACCACUUGCGCUGCCUGCAUGAGUUUGUGGAGGCCCAGGCUGCUUACUCUGCACAGUGUCACAAGCACAUGCAAGACCUUCAGAAAGAACUGAGCAGUGAAAAUGGAGAUACCUUUCCUAAUGCUUUUGCUGUGAACACCUCCACGUCAGGGAUGUUGCCUGGACUUGCUCCACUUCCCACUGCCACUAUGCCUGGGGUUUCUUCACCCAUCCUUCCCCCCAAUGCCUCCAAUGCGCUUGAGUCCAACACGCUGAAGAUUGAGGAGGUGAAGCCACCAGCCACUGGUACUCGCAAGGCCAAAGUGCUCUAUGAUUAUGAUGCUGCAGAUACAAGUGAACUCUCCCUUCUCGCUGAUGAGCUGAUUACUGUGUACACGGUGCCUGGAAUGGAUCCAGACUGGCUUAUUGGAGAACGAGGCAACCAGAAAGGCAAAGUGCCUGUCACAUAUCUGGAACUCCUAAGCUAGAUGCCCCUACACUUGACAGAGUUAUACUAAAUUAUGCAUGAACAAAUAUUCAAGCACUCCUGAACACACUUUGUCAGUUUUUUUUUUUUUUUUUUUAAUAUCUAGAUUUACAUCUAGAUCUGUCUUUAUCUGAUGUUACAGUGCACGAGUAUGGAUUACUCUUUGCUUUAGUUUUAUUCUCUGUUUGUUGUUUCAUUUAACAUACCCUGCAGAAAGAGUUUCUUAAAUUACUGUUUUUAUUUCCUCAAUGAUCCUGUGAUUGCUAGAUAAGUCACUUUACCCUUAAGUAAAACAGAUGUGACACAAACAGAAACGUUAACUAAUUUUGGUGUGUGUGUGUGUGUGUGUGUGUGUGUAAGUGUUCUAUUAGAUCAUGUUCUUUGAAUACAAAAAAUAUCCAGGCUUCAAAUCUUUACAGAAUCCAAUGUCUCAUUCACCAUGCUUGUAUUCUGAGGCAUUUGUGUGUUUUAUCCAUGGUUGGCAAGAUUGUGAAAGUAUUGAGUACAGUUAUAAUAUGAAUAACUGUAGUCUAGACAUAUUCAGAAGAUUUUCUUAACCCCCAUCAGGACUUAUUCACAUGCAUACCACAGCCAUCACAUUCCCACUUUUGUCUCUGUGUUCAGUGCUUGUUAUCUGUCAUUUGUGUCAGUGCUGCCUUCUUGGCCAGGUCAUUCUUGUAAAAGAGAUCUUAUCUCAAUGAGUUUUUAUCCUGGUUAAAUAAAGGUUACUACUACAUAGUUAAUAUAUAUGAAAAUGAAAAUAAUGAAUGUAAUCAAUUUUGGAAUAAGGUUGUAACAACAAAAUGUGGAAAAAGUGAAGCACUGUGAAUACUUUCUGGAUGCACUGUGUAUAUACACUCACCUAAAGGAUUAUUAGGAACACCUGUUCAAUUUCUCAUUAAUGCAAUUAUCUAAUCAACCAAUCACAUGGCAGUUGCUUCAAUGCAUUUAGGGGUGUGGUCCUGGUUAAGACAAUCUCCUGAACUCCAAACUGAAUGUCAGAAUGGGAAAGAAAGGUGAUUUAAGCAAUUUUGAGUGUGGUAUGGUUGUUGGUGCCAGACGGGCCGGUCUGAGUAUUUCACAAUCUGCUCAGUUACUGGGAUUUUCAUGCACAACCAUUUCUAGGGUUUACAAAGAAUGGUGUGAAAAGGGAAAAACAUCCAGUAUGCGGCAGUCCUGUGGCGAAAAUGCCUUGUUGAUGCUAGAGGUCAGAGGAGAAUGGGCCGACUGUUUCAAGCUGAUAGAAGAGCAACUUUGCCUGAAAUAACCACUCGUUACAACCGAGGUACGCAGCAAAGCAUUUGUGAAGCCACAACACGCACAACCUUGAGGCGGAUGGGCUACAACAGCAGAAGACCCCACCGGGUACCACUCAUCUCCACUACAAAUAGGAAAAAGAGGCUACAAUUUGCAAGAGCUCACCAAAAUUGGACAGUUGAAGACUGGAAAAAUGUUGCCUGGUCUGAUGAGUCUCGAUUUCUGUUGAGACAUUCAGAUGGUAGAGUCAGAAUUUGGCGUAAAUAUAAUGAGAACGUGGAUCCAUCAUGCCUUGUUACCACUGUGCAGGCUGGUGGUGGUGGUGUAAUGGUGUGGGGGAUGUUUUCUUGGCACACUUUAGGCCCCUUAGUGCCAACUGGGCAUCGUUUAAAUGCCACAGCCUACCUGAGCAUUGUUUCUGACCAUGUCCAUCCCUUUAUGGCCACCAUGUACCCAUCCUCUGAUGGCUACUUCCAGCAGGACAAUGCACCAUGUCACAAAGCUUGAAUCAUUUCAAAUUGGUUUCUUGAACAUGACAAUGAGUUCACUGUACUAAAAUGGCCCCCACAGUUACCAGAUCUCAACCCAAUAGAGCAUCUUUGGGAUGUGGUGGAACGGGAGCUUCGUGCCCAGGAUGUGCAUCCCACAAAUCUCCAUCAACUGCAAGAUGCUAUGCUAUCAAUAUGGGCCAACAUUUCUAAAGAAUGCUUUCAGCACCUUGUUGAAUCAAUGCCACGUAGAAUUAAGGCAGUUCUGGAGGCGAAAGGGGGUCAAACACAGUAUUAGUAUGGUGUUCCUAAUAAUCCUUUAGGUGAGUGUAUAUAUAUAUAUAUAUCUGAGGUUAAGUCUGGCUACCCUCCCUGCAUUCUUUUUUAACUGACAAUUAUGCAAGUGGAGAGGACGUGUUUGCUUUGUCUGGAUGUAAUUCCACGGCCAGGUUAUCCUUUUAGAGAUUCUUUCCAUUUUGGCUUGUUUCCAGUAUUCAACAGAUGUGUUCCAGGAUACUGUGCACCUGGCUUUGUCCUGCUCUAAACAGAUUAAAUUGACAUUAUAAGUCAAGGAGAUAAAUGAGUGUGGAUAUAAAUGUGUGUGAGAAAUCAUAACAUUAAAUAUGGUGGCUGUGCCAUAUUGACCUUACAGUUAAACAACUGAACAUUUGAACAUGUGGAGAGCCUUGCUUCCCUGUCUUUUAGACAGUGAGAAGACAUACAUAGGGAAAUAUGAGGUAACUACAGUGGCUUGUAAUCACAGCCCAAGAGAUUAUUAAACAUUAAUUGUUUCUUGUAUUCUGUAUUAUUUUUGCCUU